AUGGACACUAAGAGCGACGUGGUGACGUGGCAGAUCAAUUCCAGUAUCGUGGAGACGAUCAUUGGCGAGACGAGAGGCUCUUUCCAAUGUCGAUAUCACGAUGACGAUACUGAUCCAGUCAAUGUCAUUCGUAAGGCGGCUGCGAAGAAGCAAAAGGAGAAGGAGAAUGCGAUGAAAAUGUUCGUCAAGAAGCCGGCGGAUGAAACCGCUGUGUACACGGUGGCCAUCAAUAACAUUACGUGCUUCUGUUUGGCCCUAGAUCAUGUUUCGUCUUGCAUGUCUUUUAGCCAAACAGCACACGCCAUUCAGCACGCGAAGGAUUGUACCAAGUCGGCCAAGUUGACUGGCAUCAAUGAUCACAUCGCGGGACAAUACGUGCGCGUGAUGGUCGCUACUUCUCUGCAGGAAAUUUGUACCAUGGUCAGUGACGAUUUGGUCUAG